AAGUCGACACUCAGAAAUACAGCUCCAAAUGCAUGCUGUCCACAUAUAACUAUGAUAUGAUCCACUUUUGAAAUCCUCAUCUCCUCCCCAAAUCUACAAGCUUGUAGCGAUCUAAUCUACACAGACAGAAAUGGAAUCUGCGGCGGUGGUUCUGUACCCUUUUCCAGGGAUGGGCCACCUGGUUUCCAUGGUGGAACUUGCAAAACUAAUCCACAUUCACGACCCUUCACUCUCUGUUAACGUCUUCAUCACUCCGGCGCCUUUUGAUACUACUGGCUCCACUGAAAACUACAUCAACACCGUCUCCGCCGCCACUCCUUCCAUCAACUUCCACCGUUUCCCCACCGUCCCACUUCCACCAGACUUCUCUUCAGAUUUCAUGGACCUUGCUUUUGGUAUCCCGGAGCUUUACAACCCAAUUGUCCACGACACCCUCGUAACCAUCUCCAAAAAAUCAACCAUUAAAGCUGUCAUUCUGGAUUUCUUUUCUAAUGCGGCUUUUCGAGUAUCUAGAUCGCUAAACUUUCCGACUUACUACUUCUAUACAAGUGGCGCUUCUGGCCUUUGUGAGUUCUUGUACCUCCCUACCAUCCACAACAAUACUUCAAAAAACAUUAAAGAUCUAGACAUUUACUUUGAUAUUCCUGGUGUACCUCCCAUUCAUGCUUCUGACAUGCCACCGGUUAUGUUUGAUAGAGAAACCGACAUGUACAAAAACUUCAUAGACACUGCUAGUAACAUGGCGAAAUCUUCGGGUCUAAUUGCAAACAGUUUUGUGGGUCUUGAAGAAAGAGCUGUUGAUGCGAUUAGGAAUGGUAAAUGCACCACCUAUGAUCCAACUCCGCCGCUUUAUCUAAUCGGGCCUUUGAUUGCCAGUGGUAAUCAAGUGGAUCCUAGUGAAAAUGAGUGCUUCAAAUGGUUAGAUGCACAACCGAGUAGAAGUGUAGUGUUUUUAUGUUUUGGGAGUAUGGGUGUGUUUGAGAUACGCCAGUUGAAGGAAAUGGCUAUUGGGUUGAUGAAAAGUGAGCAAAGAUUUUUGUGGGUGGUGAGGGAUCCACCACCAGAUAACGAAAAAGAUUCGGAUUCGUGUGGUAAAGAUCUCGGGCUUGAUGCUAUUCUUCCUGAAGGGUUUUUGGACAGGACCGCGGAUAAGGGUCUGGUGGUGAAAAACUGGGCACCGCAGCCGGCUAUACUUAGUCAUGAUUCUGUAGGUGGAUUUGUAACUCACUGUGGGUGGAACUCGAUGCUUGAGGCGGUGGUUGCUGGGGUUCCGAUGGUGGCGUGGCCAUUGUAUGCGGAGCAAAAGAUGAAUAGGGUGUUUUUGGUUGAAGAAAUGAAGGUGGCAGUGGCGGUGAAAAUGUCGGCAGAUGGGUUUGUGACUGCGGAGGCGGUGGAGGAGAAGGUGAGGGAGUUGAUGGAGGGUGAGGAAGGGAGAGCGGUGAGAGAACGGGUUUUAGAGAUGAGGCGAAGAGCAAAGGCGGCAUUGGGGGACGGCGGCUCGUCCCGAGUUGAUUUCUUGAAAUUAACCAACUCCUGGAUGGACAUGUAAAUGUUGAUACGUGGAAUCAAUGGUACUUUUUAAUUGUUGUUUGUGUGCGUUUGUGUUCGUGAACCGUUCGUUUAUACUUUUAGCGAACGAUCAUAAAGUAUAAACGAUCUGGACCUUGAUUUUUGUAACCUAACCUAGAGUGAAUGUUGUGAAUAUCCAUAUCUAAAAAACAAUCUGCACCUUGAUUUUUGUAACCUAA